AUGGCAUCAUUGCAUCAAGCGGCGUUAGCCGGUUCCGUUGACAUAUUAAAAUUACUGCUUGAUCAUGGAGCAUCAGCGAAUUCGAAAGAUCAGAAAGAACUUUUACGUCAUGAUAUGAAAUUACUGGGAUGCCGAAUUCGUGAUCAGCAUGAAAAACUACGUCUGGCGAUGGGCUCCUAUCGAUUUCUCGAUGAAAAAAAACUUGAUCAGCGAAGUGUCGCGUUACGCCUUCGUCCACUACAUUAUGCCUCGUGGCAAGGAAGAACAGAACCAGUUUUUCUUUUAUUGAGAAGUGGUGCUAAUGUAAAUGAACAGUGUAUUAGUGGUGAUACAGCAUUGCAUCUAGCUGCACAAUAUGGACAUAAUGAUGUUGUUCAGUUAUUACUAUUUCAUCAAGCUGAUCCAACAAUCUUAAAUCGUCGUAAUCUGACACCAAUUGAUUUAGCAAGUGAAAAUGGACGAUGUCAAGUUGUUAACUCAUUAUUACAAAAUCAUUUAUGCUUGCGUAUGUUAAAUUCGACUACUACUCUCAAUCAUAAUAAUAACAAUAAUUUGACAAAUGAAAAUGAUAAUUUGCAACAGUCACAAUCAAAUUGUUUACAUCUAGCAGCUAAAAAUGGCCAUUCAGAUAUCAUACGCCUAUUACUUUUAAAUGGAAUAGAUAUAAAUAAAACAACCGCACAAGGAACAGCAUUACAUGAAGCAGGAAGAAAUGGAAGAUACGAAGCGGCAAAAGUUUUAUUAGAAUGUAGAAUUGACAUUAAUAUUUGUAAUUCUUAUGAACAAACUGCCUAUGAAGUUGUUAUCAAACAAAAACCUGGCAAUGAUAUUAAACGCUUAAUAAAAGAAUUUAGUGAUGCUUUAACUGUUCGUGCCAUUUGUUCUUAUAAUGAUAAUCAUGCUGGAGCAUUAAAUUUUCUAGAAGGCGAUCACAUCACGGUACUUGAACGAAAUCCAAGUGGAGAAUGGAGAGGAUUCAUUUUAAAAGAAAACUUGACAACUCGAAUUGGAUAUUUUCCUAGUACACAUGUACAAUUAAUCGAUCGACAACUAGAUCGUUCAAGUUUAACAAACACCAAUUAUUUUAAUCAACGUUGUAAUAAUGAUGUUAUACAACAACAUUCGAAUGAUUUUUUAUUAGCUACUGCCUCUUUAUUCACUUCUCCCUCUUCACAUACAAGCAAACUAUUUUCAACUAGUAACGUUGUAUUGAGACAUCGAACAAAUCUGAUUAAAGGAACAAUAAAGAAAAAUGAAACUUUGUCAGCUCAACAGUCGAACAGUAAUGGCAAGAGCAACAAUAACUCUGGGUUAUUAAAUGGUGACUGGUCACCGGUCGAUAGUCUUGAUUCAAUGUCACGGAUGUCCCAAGCAGAUUCGGGCUUAGCAACGUCAUCCUAUCGCUCACGUCGAGGUAGUCCAAACAGUAGUUGUCGUCAUUCAACAGCCAGUAGUAUUGAUAGUGGAAGAAGUUCAACAGCUAUGUCAAUUGUUUAUGAUAGUCCAAAACCUCCUGCGCUGGCUAGUUUUAUGGCAAUAAAUAUUCCGUUGUCUUACAAUACCAUUACUAAUUUAUCAAAUGGAACAAUGACCACAAUAAACGAUACACGUUCCGUUUGUAGCAGUGAAUCAAGAUCAUCAGAUCAAGACAAAGCGAGCUUUCGUAGUUCAAAUAGUAGUCUUGAUCGACUCGAUGAAUCUUUGACAAUAAACCAUAAUACAAAUUUAAACAAUUUGAUACAGAACGGUAUUCCUGAGAAUGAAGUAGUUCUAACUUGGCUUCGAGAUUUUUCUUACGAACAUUAUUAUGAAAAUUUUAUUGCCAAUGGUUACGAUAUACACACAAUAACACGAAUGACACCUGAAGAUUUAACUGCUAUUGGUAUUACCCAUCCAUCUCAUCGACGAAAAAUUAAAAAUGAAAUUGGAAAAUUACGUGUUGGAGAUCGACUACCUGAUUAUAAACCUGAUACUGUCUAUGACUGGCUUUGUCUUCUACAUUUAAAUGACUAUAUUAAAUUACUAUAUGAUCAAAAUUAUAAGCAAAUUGAUGAUGUGACAAAUAUGGCAUGGGAAGAUUUAGAAGAUAUAGGAAUUACACAAUUGGGCCAUCAAAAGCGAUUUAUGCUUGGAGUGAAGAGAUUACAAGAUAUCAAAAAAGGAUUGUAUCAAUCUAACAGUAACAACAAUGUACCUUCGCCUAAACAACCAUUGUCACCGAGUGAAAAUCGUUUUAUUACCAAUCUUCCACCACCAUCGACUCCUUCUCGACAAUCGUCAUUACAAACUAAUUCGCAUGAUCAGCAAACAAAAUGUCGUCCAUCGAUUCCGAACCGUCAAACAAAACCGGUUGAAAGAUGCAAUUCAGUUGAAAACAAUAAUGCACAAAACGAACGAACAGGAUUGUUAAAAAGGCCAGUGCCGUCUUUUCAUCGAUCUCCCGAUAAUGAUUCAUCAUCGUCCACCUAUGCCACAUUACGUAAAAAUAAAACUUCACCAAACUCAAUUAACUGUUUAAAACGUCCACCACUUGUUAGUUGUGGUUUACACACCUCUUCAUUUCGUUUACAAUCGUCGACUGUUUCUCCUCCACAUCCAUCUGCAAUAAAAUCAAACACAAUAAAUUCAAUAGCAAUGCGUGCGAAAAGUUUAGAGAAUAUAAAUGGUGGUGACCACUAUAAUACAAAAGAAAUACGCAAAAUUCCAUUUAACCUGACGAAGAAUAAUAUAUCACCAUGCAAUGCAGCACUAAAUGGUAACACAUCAUUAUCGUCUUAUACAAACGGCAUAGCGCCAACAUUAUUAUCAGCAAAUGACAAGAAAAUAACACCUGAUAUUCUCUCACCAAGAACAAUAUCAGCACCAAAAUAUCAUAAUACAACUCUUUCUCAUUCAUUAUCGAGUCAAAAUCGAACAAAUAAUACUAAAUUAUCAUUAUCACAGAGUUCUUCUCCCCAGUGUCGUCGUUCGAAUCUUUCUUCUAGUCAACAACAACAACAACAACAACAACAGCAACAGCAGCCGCAGCAACAAACUUAUUUACAAAAUUUGCAAGUAUUAUGUAAUUUAUCGUCAAGCACUGAAUCUAAUUGCAUUCCAUUUGCUAACGAAAAUAUUGGAACAAUCAAACAACGUUUAACAAUGAAUGGAAAUGGAAAUGACAGCAAAAUUGCAUCAUUAGAUUCAGUUACAGAUACUAGUUCAACAAUAAAACGUUUAUUACCAAUCGAAUUUUUUGAACAAAAAACAUUGACAAAUUUUCUGAAACCCUCUUAUCCUAUAACAACGGCCAUUUACGAUAAUAAUGAAUGCUAUUGUUCCUCACCACCAAAACUCAUAAGUGUAAAAUCACCCUUGUUUAAAAAUGGUAAUAGUCGAACAGUAACGAAUGAACAAGAAAAACGUUUACAAUAUAUUGAACUUUUAAAAAAAGAAAAAGAAAAACAACAACAGAAUAAAUGUCAACGAACUGAUACAUCGAAUGUUUUACACGAUAUUGAUGAUAUGUUAAGUGAUUUGAAUCGUGAAUUAGAUGCUAUGCUAGAAUAUGAAACAAUUUCGCGUUCUUGA